AAAUCCAAAUAAAACACAAAAUGAGAUUAAAGAUGAGUUUAAUUCUAAAUAUCAAUUAAAUUUAGAUAAGGUUAAGCAUUCAGAUUUAGAAAAAGCUCUUAAUAUUUGGAUUAAUCAAGCAGUAGCAUCUG